AGUGUAGUCAACCUCAUUAUUAAAGGAAGGUAAAAAAUUGAUAGUAGUAAAAAAAAAGACUUGUGUCAAAAAUUAAGAGAGUUAAUUGACCAAAAAAGAAUAAUGAAUUAUUCAAAAAAAAAAAAAGAGAAAAAGAAAAUUUGAAUCGAGGAACCAAACCAAACGCAUCCUUAAAAAAAGGAAACUCAUCAGCUUCAAAAGUUCAUCUUCAUCGUAUCUAACGUAGCAACACACAACUUAACAAACUGAAAACAAAAACAUCUUCAUCUUCGUCGUACCCUUCAAAUCUCUCUCUCUCUCUCUCUCUCUCUCUCUCUCUCUCUCUCUCUCUCUCUGUUUUUUUUGUUUACCAAUGAAGCAUAAACGACGUGAACUCAUCAUCAUAAAUCCAAUCUCAAAACCCAUCUUUUUAUAUACAUGAAGACCAAUUCACUCUCUUCCGUCGUCUUUUCCACUUUCACCGUCGUCUUUAUCAUUUUUUCAUCACCCUUCUGCAAUGCUCUCGGCUCCGGCACCACCCUCGCCGUAGUUGACUCCACCGGAACAGUUUGCGGCGUAGUAUCAGCAGAAAAAACUCAAAACAUUGUUUGUUACCGCCACGGGAAAAUAAUCUCCGCCGUGCCGGAAGUCUCUUUCUCAUCAAUCUCCGGCGGAAAAAACUACUUCUGUGGUAUUAGGUCCGGUAACUACAGUAUCCUAUGUUGGGACACUGUUUCAUCAAACACAACGUUUGAAAAAAGAAGACUGUACAACAAUGGUACUGUUUUAUACGAGAAUCUUGCCGUCGGAGAUUCCCAUGUUUGUGCCACGGUGGUCGGAGUUGGAACUGUUUCUUGUUGGAGAAUUGAUAAUGGUUUUAUUUUGCCACCUGGGUAUGAUCAAUUUUCAUCAAUAACUUCUGGGUUUGGAUUCUCUUGUGGAAUUUUGAAGAAAAACGGUUCUGGGUCAGUUCGUUGUUUUGGGAAUGUGAAUGAAUCUUCCAUUGCUGAAAAGAUAGCAAAAGAGUUUUUGAAUAUUUCUAUGGUGAGUCUUGUAGCUGGUGAGUCACAUGUUUGUGGAUUAAAUUCAAAAGGGUUUUUAGUUUGUAAAGGAAGUAACAAUUUUGGUCAAAUUAAUGUUCCUAAUCAAGCUAUACCUUUAGAGUAUUCUGAUUUAGCAUUAGGAUCUGAACAUAGUUGUGCUAUUAGAAGAUCUAAUGGUUCUGUUGUUUGUUGGGGUGGUAAAGAUUUGUUUAAUGUUAAUGUUACAAAAAGUGUUUCUUUUGAGACUAUUGUUUCUGGUUCAAAUUUCAUUUGUGGAUUAACAACUAACAAUUUUUCUGUUAUUUGUUGGGGUCCUGGUUGGUUUGAUAAUGGUGGUUCAGUUUUUGAGCUUCCUUUGCCACCUAUUCUACCUGGGAUUUGUGUUCAAUCUUCUUGUGGUGAAUGUGGUAUAUAUCCUCAAUCUCAGUUUUUGUGUUCUGGUUUUGGUAACAUUUGUAAGCCACAACCUUGUUGGCCUCAAAUUUACGAAGUUCCGGCGCCGCCAAUGAUACAACCAUCGCCGAAUUUGGGGAUGCCGGUUUCUAGAUCAAAGACAUUGACAAAGGAGUUGUUGGUGUUUGCUAUUGUUGGAUCCAUUGGUGUGGUUGCUGGUUUUUGCACUUUGGUUUAUUGUUUGUGGAAUGGUGUGUGUUUUGGUAAGAAGAAAGUUCAUAAUUCAGUUCAACCAACAAUUACUAGAGGUGGAAGUUUCAAUUGUGGCACUUUUUCGAAUCAUAGUAUGCUUUCGAGAUCAUCCACGAUUAAGCGUCAGAGUUCGAGGAUAAUGAAACGUCAGAGAAGUGGAACAUCUUCGACAAAGCAUCCAGAUAGAUCUGAAGAUUUCGCUCUUGCUGAGCUUGUUGCAGCCACCAACAAUUUCUCACUUGGGAACAAGAUUGGUGCCGGAAGCUAUGGUGUUGUUUACAAAGGUAAACUCGCCGAUGGCCGCGAGGUAGCAAUCAAAAGGGGUGAAACUAGUACUAAGAUGAAGGUUUUUCAAGAGAAAGAGAGUGCUUUUGAGUCCGAAUUAGCCUUCUUGUCGCGUCUGCACCACAAGCAUUUAGUUAGGCUAGUCGGUUUCUGCGACGAGAAAGAUGAAAGGCUUUUGGUGUAUGAGUUCAUGAAGAAUGGUGCAUUGUAUGAUCAUUUGCACGACAAGAACAAUGUCGACAAGCAUUGUAGUUUAUUGAAUUCUUGGAAAAUGAGGAUCAAAAUCGCAUUGGAUGCUUCACGAGGAAUCGAGUAUCUCCACAAUUACGCAGUUCCAUCGAUAAUUCAUCGAGACAUAAAGUCUUCAAACAUUCUCAUUGACGCGGAUUGGACAGCAAGAGUCUCCGAUUUCGGAUUAUCAAUGAUGAGUCCGGAUUCAGAUCACGAUUACCAACCAAUGAAAGCGGCAGGAACAGUCGGAUACAUUGAUCCGGAAUACUAUGGUCUAAAUGUAUUAACAGCAAAGAGUGAUGUCUAUGGUCUCGGAGUAGUUUUACUAGAACUAUUAACAGGAAAAAGAGCUAUAUUCAAGAAUGACGAAAACGGAGGAACACCGGUUAGUAUAGUAGAUUUUGCAGUGCCUAUAAUUAUGAAAGGAGAAUUGAUGAAAAUAUUGGAUCAAAGGGUUGAAAAACCAGAAAUGAAUGAAACAGAAGCAGUUGAAUUGGUAGCAUAUACUGCUAUGCAUUGUGUGCAUUUAGAAGGAAAAGAUAGACCAACAAUUUCUGAUAUUGUGGCAAAUUUAGAACGUGCUUUUACUCUUUGUGAUAGUAGUAGUCAUGGUAGCAUUUCUAGUGCUACAAUCUCUAUUGGAUCUGACUGAUAUUGAAAAUGUUACAUGAUUCUUUUUGAUGAAUUUUAUAUGAGUAUACUCUUGAGGUGUAAAGAUUUAGGAAUGUGAUCUAACAUUAGGCUAUUGUGUAGAAUUUUGUGAAACACAAUUAGUCAUUAAAUUUGAUCAUUUUACACUUUUAUUUUGCAAUUUCAUUUUUCACUAGAGAAAUUACUGCACUAGUAUCAUUUGUUAAUGCAUGUGUAAAUUAUUUUUUUUGGUUACAAUGCAUGUGUAAAUUUAUUUGCAAAUUUUCUUUAAGUCCUUUGGUUUGGAUUGCAAGUUAAAGCAUUGUACUUGAUGUUACUUUUAGAUUAGAGCAUUGAAAAGUUCAAUCAUGAAGGUCUAGGUAACUUUUUUCAGCAUUAUUAUUUUGUUUACAUUUAUGUUGGAAUGA